CAUCUCUACUUGUUGCUAUGCUUCCUUAAGGAUUACUCUAGGCUUGUGGUAUGGAACCCUUACUUAGGGCAAACGAGGUGGAUCGAACCCAGACACAGUUUCCAACGUGGAGACAGCUUUUCUCUCGGAUACGACAACAACAACCUUAACCACAAGAUCCUGAGGAUAUUCGACAAGAUUCAUCCAGUUACAGAUAGAAACGUUUUAGGGUUGGAACUCUACGAUUUUAGCUCGAGUUCUUGGAAGGUUCUUGAUGCCACUCAAGACUGGCAGAUACGGUCUCAUCGACACAGCGUGUCUUUGAAAGGAAACACUUAUUUUACCACGAGUGUUGAAGGUUUCUUCGUCUGUUUUGAUUUCACAACAGAGAGCUUCGCACCGCUUCUGCCUCUGCCGCCGUUUCAUUCUUACUGUGGAUUACAUUUCACGUCUUUCUCUUGUGUUAGACAAGACGAUCUCACUGUGUUGUAUCAACACUGGGAGUCACCUAAGACGAUGGAGAUUAGUGUUACGGAUAAGAUUGGUCCUGAUGUUGUAUCAUGGACAAAGUUUUUGAAAGUGGACUUUGGCUAUUGGGUUGAGCCUUUGUCUGGGAGAUUUCUCGUUGACAGGGAGAAGAAAAUUGCUGUGGUUUUCGUUCUAGAAAGGGCCAAGGCAUGUUGGUACCAAACUGCUCACGUCUUCGGACAAGAUGGAGGAUACUUCAAAUCUGUGAGAAUCCGAGAAGCUCCCUAUCUUUGGAAUGAUUUUUAUCCUCAUAAGAUAUAUUGUGCCCCACUGUUGUGCUCUUCAUAUCUUCCAAGCUUAGUACAACUCAACCAACAAGUGUAAUGGAAAGAGAAUGUGAAGUACAUUGCAUCAUCUUCUUUCUGUUUUGUCUUUUUUUUUUGGCUUUUGAAUGUUUUAGCCUCUCUUUUUUUCAGACUGUUCAUACCACUCGUGAUAUGUAAUCUAUGAUACAGUCUCAUCCUCUACUCACCUUAAAAACUGAUUACAUUAUAAAAUCGGACCGAACUGACAGUCGAACCAUGUUAAACCAAAAACCUAUGUGAGAACACAUAACAAAGUCACUAAUUACAUUAUAAAAUGUUUCCCAACCUUACAAGUUUGAACUUUAUUAUCAAUAUAUUUGUCACUUUCAAAUUACUUUUCUAUUAUAUAUAUAUACCAAAACAUGAAUUUUUUUUUUGAAAGAGAAAAGAAAUGGCUCCUCUGAAACCACAAUUCAACCUCUUCCCAUGGAUCUUUUAGUAUAUAUAAAAAAUAAUGAAUGACAAACAUUUAAUUGGAAAAAAUAACUAUCCAAUAGACACCCUCCAAUUUGUCUCAAGAUCUUGGUUGGACCCCUCAAGCCAAAUCUAGGCUGGUUAGAGGUAAUUAGCCUUUCUUAAGUUUUUUUUUGCUCUG